AUGGGGGCCGGAAGCCCCCAUCGUCUUCACUCCCCACUUCUCCCCUCGUCCUCACCCCCCUCUUCCUCACCCCCAUCGUCUUCACUCCCCCACUUCUCCCCUCGUCCUCAAACCCCCUCUUCCUCACCCCCAUCGUCUUCACUCCCCCACUUCUCCCCUCGUCCUCACCCCCCUCUUCCCCACCCCCAUCGUCUUCACUCCCCCACUUCUCCCCUCGUCCUCACACCCCCACUCUUCCUCACCCCCAUCGUCUUCACUCCCCCACUUCUCCCCUCGUCCUCACACCCCCUCUUCCUCACCCCCAUCGUCUUCACUCCCCCUCUUCCUCACCCCCAUCGUCUUCACUCCCCACUUUUCCCCUCGUCCCUCACCCCCCUCUUCCUCACCCCCCAUCGUCUUCACUCCCCCACUUCUCCCCUCGUCCUCACACCCCCCCCUCUUCCUCACCCCCAUCGUCUUCACUCCCCACUUCUCCCCUCGUCCUCACACCCCCUCUUCCUCACCCCCAUCGUCUUCACUCCCCCACUUCUCCCCUCAUCCUCACACCCCCUCUUCCUCACCCCCAUCGUCUUCACUCCCCCACUUCUCCCCUCGUCCUCACACCCCCCUCUUCCCCACCCCCAUCGUCUUCACUCCCCCACUUCUCCCCUCGUCCUCACACCCCCACUCUUCCUCACCCCCAUCGUCUUCACUCCCCACUUCUCCCUCGUCCUCACACCCCCCUCUUCCUCACCCCCAUCGUCUUCACUCCCCCUCUUCCUCACCCCCAUCGUCUUCACUCCCCCACUUCUCCCCUCGUCCUCACACCCCCUCUCUUCCUCACUCCCCAUCGUCUUCACUCCCCCACUUCUCCCCUCGUCCUCACACCCCCUCUUCCUCACCCCCAUCGUCUUCACUCCCCCACUUCUCCCCUCGUCCUCACACCCCCUCUUCCUCACCCCCAUCGUCUUCACUCCCCACUUCUCCCCUCGUCCUCACCCCCCUCUUCCUCACCCCCAUCGUCUUCACUCCCCCACUUCUCCCCUCGUCCUCACACACCCCCUCUUCCUCACCCCCAUCGUCUUCACUCCCCCACUUCUCCCCUCGUCCUCACACCCCCUCUUCCUCACCCCCAUCGUCUUCACUCCCCCACUUCUCCCCUCGUCCUCACACCCCCUCUUCCUCACCCCCAUCGUCUUCACUCCCCCACUUCUCCCCUCGUCCUCACACCCCCUCUUCCUCACCCCCAUCGUCUUCACUCCCCACUACUCCCCUCGUCCUCACACACCCCCUCUUCCUCACCCCCAUCGUCUUCACUCCCCACUUCUCCCCUCGUCCUCACACCCCCUCUUCCUCACCCCCAUCGUCUUCACUCCCCCACUUCUCCCCUCGUCCUCACACCCCCUCUUCCUCACCCCCCAUCGUCUUCACUCCCCCACUUCUCCCCUCGUCCUCACACCCCCCCCUCUUCCUCACCCCCAUCGUCUUCACUCCCCCACUUCUCCCCUCGUCCUCACACCCCCCUCUUCCUCACUCCCCUCUCCUAGGUGGCUGACAGAAGGAUAA